AUGGCAGACCCGCUUUCCAUCGCAUCUGGAGUUGCUGGGCUGUUAUCGCUCGGUAUCCAAGUCACCCAGUCUCUGGUUGAUUUCUAUUCUGCAUUCAAACAUCAAACUAGCGAUAUAGCCAAGAUUACGCAAAGUUUGGAGAGUCUUUUGGCUAUUUUCAGGUCCCUUGGAGGUGCUCUCCAAGAUCGCCAGCCUGGGACGGAUGCACUGCUUCAAGAAAUCAUGAAAUCUACGCAGGGUUGCCAUGCCAUCAUAAAGGAGCUGCAGGCUGAGUGCCAGAAAUUUCAGAAAACCUCCGCUGCGGGUUAUACCUCCCGGAUCAAAUUCUUUGGACGCCAGGCAACUUAUCCAUUCCGGAAAAGUACUCUACAGAAGCUUGAAGAAGACAUUGAAGAGAUUCAGGAUCGCUUAUCUCUUGCUUUGAACGUGCUGCAGCUGAAGAACCAGAAUCGGCUUGACGAUGGAAUGUCUGACCUCAAAUCUCUGCUCAAAAGUACGGCAGCGAAUCAGAUAUCAUCCACAAUUUGUGAAUGGCUUCAGGCCCCAGAUGCGAGCAUUAAUCAUAAUGAUAUAUGCCCUAAGCGGCACACGGGGACAGGGCUUUGGUUCAUCCAGAGUCCCCAUUUUCAAGAUUGGCUAGUGAAGCGCAAGUCUUUUCUCUGGAUCAAUGGCUUUGCCGGAUCUGGAAAAUCAGUCCUGUGCUCGACGGCAAUUCAACAUAUGCUGCAUGAAAAAAACAAUCGGCAAAACGGCGUCGAUGUUACGAUUGGUGUAGGGUAUUUCUACUUUUCAUUCAAUGACGAGUCGAAGCAAGAUAUUUCCGGAAUGCUACGUGCUCUGUUGGUACAGCUAUUGGCACAACUCUAUCACUGUGAAGAGAGUUUGGAAAAAUUGCACGCACUGUAUAGACACAGCAGUCCUCCAGUGGAUGCGCUACUUGAUUGCCUUCGAAAAAUCAUAUCUCGAUUCAGCGAGACUUAUCUUUUGAUUGAUGCGUUAGAUGAAAGUCCUCGUGAUACUAAAAGGGACAGCGUUUUGAGUGCGAUAAACGCGAUGCAGCAGUGGGGCUUGCCCGGUCUACACCUUUUAGUCACUAGCCGUGAUGAGGUUGAUAUUCGCCAAGCACUAGCAAUCUCUGACGACCAAGAUAUCUCGAUGAAAAAUGUUGAGAUAGAUAAGGAUAUCGUCAACUUUGUUUCCUAUCAGCUCAACAAUGACCCAAAACUUCAAAAGUGGAAGGAGCGCCAUAGUGAGAUCCAAGAUAGAUUGACAGAAAAGGCACAGGGGGUAUUCAGAUAUAUAGAGUGUCAAUUCCUGGCGCUCAAACGGGCUCGAAAUCGGAAUCAGCUUGACGAAUGCUUAACCUCUCUGCCCCGUGAUCUAGACGGAACAUAUCAGCGAAUUCUAUGUAGCAUUGACGAAGAGCAUAUCGAAGACGUGCGGCGAUUUCUAACCGUUCUUUGUGUUUCCAAUCGACCACUCACUAUCAAGGAGUUGAUCCAUGCGCAUGCUGUGGAUCUGAGGGAACCACCGCACCUUGACCAUGGUCGGAUAUAUGAGGAAGAAGAUGAUCUUGUCGAAGUCUGUCGUGGUCUAAUAGAGCUCUCAACAGUUGAGGACGACACAGGACUAGAAGUCCGAAUCGCUCGCAUAGCCCACUUCUCCGUGCAGGAGUACCUCGAAUCAGAGCGUGUUGUAAGGUCGGAAGCAGCAAAGUUCGCAAUUCGAAAAGAACUAGCCAACACAGAGAUGGCACAGAUUCUCCUAGUGUACCUCUUAGAGCCAAUGCUCUCUGACGGAGUAUUGGAUAUGGCGAAGCUUGAAGAGUUUCCAUUGGCGCACUUUGCUGCUAUGCAAUGGUUUCAUCAUUAUGGCAGCCCUUGCCAAGACCUAGUGCUGAGACUCUUUGCGGGAAAGACAGACUCUUUUGUGACAUGGGUACGUCUACACGAUUUAGAUCGUCCAUGGAACACAUCUGUGGAAUUUGAGCGUGCAGUCGAAGAUAUACCGCUGCCUUUGUACUACACGGCCCUUCUUGGACUACAUGAUGUCUUAAGUGCCCUUAUAGCAAAUUUAGGAGAUGAAGCUAGCAUAUCAGAUGCUGUUCAUGCGACAGGUGGAAAAUGGAACAAUGCGCUUCUGGCGGCAGCAUCUCAAGGACAUGAAAAGGUGGUAAAGAUUCUGCUCGAUCGAGGCGCCGAUGUGAAUCUUCGAGUGGGAGGAACCAAUCCGAUUCUGGAAGCAUCGUCUAAAGGUCACCAAAGUGUGGUGCAGAUGCUGGUCGAUCAUGGUGUCGACGUCAAUUGCCGAGGCGGACGAGAUGGCAAUGCUCUUCUAAUGGCCUCGACUUAUGGCUAUAAGGAAGUAGUGCAGAUCCUCCUUGAUAAUGGUGCGGACGCCAAUGAUUCAGGUGAAAGAUAUUGCCACGCACUUGUAGCGGCCUCCAGCAAAGGCCAUGACACGAUAAUCCAGUGUCUUCUUGAUCAUGGUGCUGAUAUAAACGCUAGAGAUGGACUGUAUGGCAGCAGCUGCGAUGCGCUCCAGGCUGCAGUGUUGAAAGAUCAUAGAAAGGUGGUUCAGGUCCUGCUUGAUCGAGGUGCUGACGUGAAUCGUCUAAUUGGACGAGAUGGAAACGCACUCCAGGUUGCGUCCUCUAAAGGUCAUGAGGAGUUGGUACGGUUACUACUGGAUCACGGUGCUGAUGUGAAUUCGCAAUGCGGACACUUCGGCAAUGCACUACAGGCCGCCGUAUUUCACGGUCAUGAGAAAGUGGUAAAUAUACUCCUUGACCAUGGUGCCGACAUACAUAGUCUGGGUGGGGCAUAUACGAAUGCGCUUGUGGCAGCAGCAUCUUCGGGUCACGAAAAGAUACUGCAGAUGCUGAUAGAUCAAGGUGCUGAUAUACAUUUUGAAAGUGAACUUUUUGGCGAUUCGCUCCAAGCGGCAGCAUAUGGAGGCCAAGAGAAUAUGGUGCAAAGUUUGCUGGAUCGAGGUGCCAACGUGAACGCUCAAGGCGGAACAUUUGGCAAUGCGCUCCAGGCCGCGUCACACAAAGGCUGUACGAAAAUAGUGCAGAAUUUACUGAGCCAUGGUGCUAAUCCGAAGGCUCAAGGAGGAUCAUUUGGUACUGCACUCCAGGCCGCAUGCGUUAGAAACAGUGAGGAGAUAGUGCGGAUCUUGCUUGAUCUAGGCGUUGAUAUAAAUGCUUCAAGCCCGAAAUUUGGGUCCGCGCUCGAAGUUGCAUCAUCUGAAGGCCAUGAAGGCUUAGUACAGAUGCUGCUUGAUGAAGGUGCCGACGUGAACGCGCAAGGUGGAGUAUACGGCAAUGCUCUUCAGUUCGCAUCAGCCUAUGGACACGAGAAGGUGGUACAUAUCCUUCUAAAUCGAGGUGCUGACGUCAACGCCCAAGGUGGACGAUAUGGAACCGCGCUUUUGGCAGCCUUAGCUAAAGAUCAGGGUAGAGUGGUGGAGAUUCUGCUCGAUCGGGGUGCUGAUAUUAAGCCAAUCUUAUAG